UGCUCUCACUCUCUCUUCACUGUUGAGCUGUUCUGAUCUCCCUUAACCGGUGCCAUGGAAGAAUGGUUUGUUGCUCCAAUCAUGGAGAAGCUCAUCAACACUGGCUUUCAGUACCUGGGAGAUCAAGUCAGAUGGCAGACAGGCAUGAAGGAGGAGCUCGAAAGGCUGCGAGAGAACCACCCCAAGAUCCAAGCUGUCGUGGACUUUGCUUCCAGCCAAGAGCAGAUCAGAGACAGAAAUCCUGCUCUCAACGAAUGGCUAUGGCAGCUACGAGAUGCUAUCGAAGAGGCGGAUGAUGUGUUGGAUGAUCUCGAGUACAUGAAGCUUGAAAAACAGCUAACUAAAGACAAGAAGCAGAGAAAGGUGCGUUCUAUCAUGAAAUCCAUAAAUAAACGGCUUGUCCAAAUUGCCAAACGUGCUCUCAAAAUCGAUCCCAACUUGAAGAGGUUAGAGAAGGUUGUGCAGAAACUCGAUAAAGUUUCAGCUGGUGUUGCUACUUUCCUUCAUCUUGUAAAAGAUGCAAAGCAGGAGCAUCAGGAGCAGCAGCUUGAGAUGUACAGAGCGCGUGAAACAGGAUCCUUGCCUAAAAACGAUCUCAUCGGUCGAGGCAAGGACAAGGACUUUGUCAUGAAGUGGCUGAGGAACCCAUCAAAUGAAUAUCAAACUACUCUGUACAGUAACAUUUCUCUGCUAUCUAUAGUGGGUCAAGGUGGUAUGGGGAAGACAACCCUCUUGCAACAUGUUUAUAAAGAUGAAAUGACAAAGGAAUUUGAUCUUAAAAUGUGGAUUUGUGUUUCCAACAACUUUGAUGUGAAUCGAGUCAUUGCAAAUAUGUUGGAAUCCCUUAAAAACGAGAGGACUCAGUUGGAGACACUUGAUGCACUUCAAAAAAGUCUCAAGUCUAUGGUAAACUCCAAGAAGUUCUUACUUGUGUUGGAUGAUAUUUGGAAUGAUGAUAAGGAGCAAGAUAAAAACAAAUGGGAGAAUGUGCUUGCCCCUUUGGCUUCUGGAAAAUUGGGAAGUAAGAUUUUGCUGACAACUCGGAUGGAAUCUGUUGCAGUAAUGAUUUCAAAUGUUAUGAAAAAGAAGAAUGAAAUAUUGAGAUUAGAUGGCCUGAAGGAUGAGGAGUGUUUGCUCCUCCUCCUCAGAUAUGCAUUUGUCAAUGUAGAGACUUUUAAUGCUCAUCAAAAUUUAUUGCCAACUACUAGAAAGAUAGUUAAAAAACUUUCAGGAUCUCCAUUGGCUGCAAGAGUCAUAGGAGGAGUUCUCAAUUCUCAUUUGGAUGAAAGUCAUUGGAUAAGAGUUUUAAACCAUGAUAUUGGAAGUCAGAAUGAUAUCUUCUCCGUUUUAAAACUGAGCUAUAUAUUCCUCCCAAAAGUUCUACAAAAUUGUCUCUCAUUUUGUUCCAUAUUCCCACAAGAUCAUGAGUUUGACAAAGACGAUUUAGUUCGAAUGUGGAUUGCAUUGGGUUUCAUUCAACCAUCUAACAUUGGAGGUGAGACUACGAAGGAUGCUGGAGAGAGGUACUUCAAUGUUUUGGUCAAAAAGUCUUUAUUUGAUAAAUUUCAGAAUAAACAUAGAACAUUUUACAAGUUGCAUGAUUUACUACAUGAAAUGGUGCAAUUUGUUUCGGGACAAGAAUACUUCAGCAUUAUAGGUGAUGAAGAGUUAUUUAUAAAAAAUCCUGAGACUGUUAGACACUUAUAUGUUGAUACUAAAAAUAUUGAAGUGUUCAGAAAUAUGGAGAAAUUUAAGAAAUUGCGUUCUCUUAUCGUGAAUUAUAUUUGGAUGGUCUCUAUUUUUGACGAACUUACAGAAAUUUUCAAAACAUUGAAAAGUUUACGCCUAAUGUGCAUACAUUCUCCACUAGAAGAAAUGCCAGAAGAGAUUGGAUAUUUAACACAUCUUCGAUACCUGAAUUUUGUUAAAGCUCUCAUGGUUCCACUACCAAGAUCUGUCUGUAAUCUUUAUCACUUACAAUUCUUGAUUUAUGAUCGUGAUCGUAAAUUUUCGGAUGAUGAUGAUUUCUUACCAAGUGAGUUAAAUAACCUUCGUAAUCUGCAUUAUCUGGAACUUUCCAGUCCUGGGAUGUAUGAGAUUGGGAAGCUAAAUUCUCUUCAAGAGCUAGAUGGGCUUUAUGUUCAAAAUUUGGCUGGUUAUAGAAUUGAGGAGCUAGAGCAUAUGAAUGAGCUUCGCAAAUUAGUGAUCUAUUUUCCUGAAAAUGUGGAGGAUGCCAAAGAUGCUUGCAAGGCCAAAUUAUGCGAUAAGAGGAACCUCACAGAUUUGUCCUUAGAAUGGGGUAGCUUGGAACUUAUAGAUCAUUAUCAUGAGAAUGUGCUUGACAAUCUUCAACCACAUAGUUGUCUAAAGAAACUGAAGAUAAAUUCAUUCAAGGGUGCCAGGUCUGCAAUAUGGAUGAACAAUGUCCAUUUAAUCUCCAAUCUAGAAUACAUCCGAUUGGAAGAUUGCUCAGCAUGGAAAACUCUUCCUCCCUUUUGGCAGCUUCCCUUUCUCAAAUCUCUUUACCUUCAUGACAUGCCAGAAGUAAAAGGUUUUGAUUACAAAUUUCAUGAGAAUGAUAAGAUUCGUGUCUUUCCAUCACUAGAGGUGCUACAUAUUCAUCAAUUGAAAGCAAUGGAGGAUUGGUUUAUUGCAACAGCAGCAGCAUAUGAAUGCCUCUUUCCUUGCUUGACUAAGUUGUGCCUAGAAGAUUGCCCAAAUUUGCUGGAAUUACCCUCUUGUCCUCCUAAGCUCGAGAAAUUGGAGAUAAAUAACAUCGGGUGGAAAGAUUGUAACUGGCUACAAGGUAUUAGCAACUAUUGCAACAUUUCAAUUCGAAAUUGUCAGAACCUGAACUAUCCCAGAAGACAUUAAGAAGUGGAGACCUUUGAAAAAUUCCUCCUUGACUUCAUUUCCUUUCUUCUUUCAAACAACUUUCCAUUACUUGUGUUCUUCAACUCUGCAAAUUACCUGACCUCCCUCCCUCUUUGUAUUUGUGUUUUUCAGUAUGUCUGUGAAAUUUCUCAUUCUUGUGUGAUUUAAGAGUUCUUAAGAAAUUUCUCAUUAUUAUGAUUUUGCC